GGUCUGUCUUUGCUGCUGCGUCGACUGCUGCCUACUUCCGCCUACUUAUCAUCAGCGAGUCCGACUCCUCGUUUGACUCGGCUCGUUGCUGAUCCCAAUUCGUGCGACACGACUGCUCUUCCGCUCCUUUCGCUCGUCUUUUGCUGUCCCUCGUUCACCGACACUCGUUGCCGUAUACGCGGCUCCAUUACGUAGUGGCUGUUUGACCACAUUCCCGCUCCUCCCGCACCAACCCAAAAGGAAAAAAAAAAAAAAAUCCAAGCCCACCGAAGAUCCUCUCUCCAUCUUUUUUCACGCUGCUGUGAAGAAGCGAAGUUUGACCAGCCUUUUCGAUGCUUGCAGGCACAGAACCUCUGGUCUGAGGCCGCGCGAGCUGGUGUUGGAAUCGCGCCCGCUGCUUUCCUGUCUGCUUCGACUCACUGAAGCCUUCUUGGUUUUCCCCUCACGCAUUCCGUACGCAAAACUUGCAACAUCCGCGCUUCUACGGGCCCCGUCGUUCCUAGCUACGUCUUACGUCGCCGCCCACGCCAAACUCACCUUACGUCUUCGGCUAUUUUUCCCACCCCGCUAGACGCCUGUCCCUUACGUCCGUUUCCGGAUUCUGCAUCUUUCAUCCACAAUACCAUGGACCAGGACGACUCUUGCUCCACGUCCAUAAUGUCGUCCACUUCAAAUCAGUCACGGCCCUUCCUGUCCCGCCAGCGAAGCAACUCUGUUCCAGCAUUUGGUCUGGUGAACGUGUCUGCCGAAGAGGCAGGAAUGAUCUUUUCCGCCGCAGAACGCGCGACCGCCCGGCGCAAGAGGCCUCUGUCCGUCGACAGUCCUGGCCCGGUUGUCGAGAAGGACUAUGACCCGUCCUCGCUACCAGCAACGACAUUCAACUUCAGUACGCCGUCGCGUCUCGGACUAGGAGCUUCACCUCUUCGAAAUGUGCAACGUAGCGAGUCGGUUCGCACCCUGCAGUCGGACUCGAGCUCAGCUACGUUGACGACAAACGGCAACGAAGACGAAAUCGAGCCAACACCGCUCGCCUCGACUUUUCCUGCGUCUGCAGCAGAACCGACCAAUUUCAGUCUUCCAAGUUCGCAGUCGUCACGACGGAUGGUCGACAAUCCGGUUCUCAAGGCUUAUGCUGAUGGCCUGUUCAGAUUCACCCAGAACAGGCUUAACAGUGCAGCACCCGAGACUUUGCGCACCCUAGGCCUGAGAAGAGAUCCGUCAUUGCCCUCGACUCCGGACCUCGAUGUGAACGAGUUGCCGAGGCCGACCAGGCCCGUGUUUCGCAGCCAAUUCUCGGAUUGGAGCUCUACUCGCGCCAGCAGCGUCGCUCAGCCAUCGUCUCCCUCCACCCCGUCUGAGCCUCUGACCCCGUCAGACGAACAUAGCAACCUCAUGACGCCCGACUCCUUCUUUGCCGAGAUCACCCCCAGGGUUGCGCAGACGGCGCAAUGGGCUGCGUCGCUCUCCUUGUCACGCACUUCAAGCAACAAUGGAAACGGCUCUACUUUCCUGAUGGACUCUCCUACCAUCGGUAUGGCUAAUCUCGAGCGGACAGACUCCGUGACUAGUUCAGAGGCAUUCUCCUACUUUGCAGGCUUUGACAGCGUAUCAGAAGCUGCUGGCACCAGACUUUCGAACGACAUGUCCCCGUAUGGCCAGCACUUGAGGACACCGAGCUCAAACUUUCUGUCAAGGAGUCAACCAAGCUCGUCGGCGUCAAAUCAUCCACCAUACAACCUGCACCAACAGGCUCAGUCGCCAUAUGGCGAGAUGAAAAGUCUGUCGCGGACUCCAAGCUGGCAGGUCCCUGCCCUAGGCUGAAUCAAGCAACUAGCAGCCGCGCUUUUUUUUUGAUUCUUCUAUCUUGUCAUUUCAUACAGUAACACUUGUUCGCAAAGUCUGGAAGGAAUACACAGUCUGCGCAUUGGAACACGGAGAGUUCGUUUUUAAGGAGAAAAUUUGGCCUUGUUUUUCUUUUUGGUCCUGACUGAUAUACCCCGAGAAGCGCGACCUCUCUCAUCUUGUUUUGAACUUUCCUGUUCCGCGAGCUUUACAGGCUUGAGGGAUGGGAAAUGCACAGUCUGGCAUAACGACCUUAUCUUUUUUUAAAAAAAAUCCUUUCUUAGCACGUACAUACGAAGAUUAUGAUUUGCCUCAGUUGCUUCUUUACUCUUCUAGGCGGGGACGGUGCAGGACAUCGUUCUCGCGCUCAGUUUACUGCCAGUUUGAGCUGGAGAUAACAUCUACGCUUUCAGGCUUCAGAGGAUGCUCUCUGCAUCCAUCCGCACUCACAAACACGGUGUUGUAAUUCUAAGUUCAUAAUUGGCUCCUGCUGAGUGUUACUUUUUCCUGUAUUUCUCUCUCCCUUCGAUAGUUGAAACGACGUAUAUUUAAUCACAGUUUGUAAAACAAAUAUGCAAACGAACAAACAAA